AUUAAUGACAGCUUUUAUAUAAAAGCUUUGGCACUAAAGCUUUCACUUUGAAACUUUUUGCCAAAAGCUUUUAUUUCAAGAUCAGCUGUUUGUCUAUCUGGCGCAUGUGGUUCGGUUCGGGGUGAAUGCCAAAAGAACAGCUGAUCAUAGCGUGGCAGAGCGUAAAAGUGGAAAACUCUCUUAGUUUUAUCGGAUUCGCGGAGCAGUUUCCCCUAAUUUCUGCCUGCGAAAUUGAGGUUGCUUUGGUGUAAGACGCCUGUUUGCUACUUUUGUAAAGUGUAAACGAACUUCUAAGCGGUUGUUUUUGCAAUAACCUUAUAUAACGCAGACCGGCAGAAAGUAAAUAAACAAAGGGAACCUCUCGUUUGCACCGACGAAUGAAAACCGAUCUUCACUUUCGUCGUUGAACUGAAAACUUGGAUGAUUGAUGGGUUUUAUUAAAAGUGCAAAGAGUCUGGCUGUUUGUUAUUUAAGAAACAAAAUUCUAGGCACUGACAUAUUUGCCCGAAGUUCAACUCAGUGUGGAGUAUCAUUUUCGACCAGAUUUCUUGGCAGUUCUUGCUCCAUCAAUAUGGAAAAAGUGUACUUUCGCAAUGCCAGUGAUAGCAAAGAUCUAGAUAUUGUGUUUCGGUUUGUAAACCCAAAUUUGAACAUAAAUCGGGAAUUUAAUUUCCGUCGUCAAAUGAACGAACCCAUCAAUGCCAUAUUAGCCCGGAUCCAAAGCAACAUUCAAAGUAGACUCGCCAAAUCAUCCAAGAAAUCCAAGGAUAAACCGCCUGCCGAGAUAAAUGUUAGGCUUUAUAGCGAUAGCUGUGAUGACAACUUCAGUGAGAUGACAUUCGAUGAACUGUUUGCAAAAGUUCCGACUGGACUGAAACUGCAGGUGGUGGAUACAGUUUACGAUAUGGUUUUUAAUCCACCGUGGAUUGCGUCCCUUAAACUGCCCUCGUGCAUUUUAGCAGGAUUCGUGGUUUAUCCGACCAACGUACAGAUUCAAUUCGGUGAGCGGCAGCACAGUAAGGGAUUAUGGUACAAGGCAAAACGACCAACGGAUACCGAAUGGGCACUUUGUGGAGAAGGAUUUCAGUAUCUAGUGGCGCCCGAAGAUGUUGGCUAUCAUCUAAAAUUUGAGUUAACGCCGCGAAAUGAACAGGGAGCAGAUGGUCCUGUAGUGGAAAAGAUAUCUAACUCUGCGGUUCAGGCGGCACCAGGACAUUGCCCAUUUCAAGCUCGCCACCGUCAUACUCCGAAUUAUUUGAGUGACUCCAAUGAAAUUCGAGUGGUAACAUACAAUCUGUUGGCUGAUUUGUAUGCGAGCAGCGACUACGCCGGAAAAACCUUGUUCUCAUAUUGCCCAGCCAAGUAUCUGCAAAUCGACUACAGAAAACCAUUGUUUAUUAACGAAAUCAUUGGUUAUAAUUCUGAUCUUAUUUGCCUGCAAGAAGUCGAUCAAAGGAUUUUUGAUUUUGAUUUAAGGGAAAUUCUCGAACAACCUCCGUAUAAUUAUCGUGGCAUUAUGGCACCUAAAGGUAAAUGUGCAGAAGGUGUUGCCAUUUUCUUUAGGACAUCCCGCUUUGAGUUACUGGACUCCCAAGUUCUGCAUUUGGGUUCUAAAAUCUCUGUUCUGCCCGUAUUCGAAAGCCUUUGGAAUAAAAUCAAAGCAAAUACUCAGCUAGCAGAACGAAUUUGCGAUCGGUCCACAACCCUACAAACUUGUUUGCUAAAGAUUAGGGGAUCCGAAAACUACGUUCUUGUGGCCAACACGCAUUUAUAUUUCCAUCCGGAUGCAGAUCACAUAAGGCUCUUGCAAAUGGGUUUCUCAAUGCUUUUCAUAGAGCAUUUAAUAAACAAAGCCGUGAAAGAUUUCAAUAUCAGUAGCCGUCAAAAUAUUGGUCUGAUAUUUUGUGGCGAUUUCAACAGCGUUCCCGAAUGUGGAAUAUACAAGUUGAUGACCGAGAAACUCGCCGAAGAAUGUCUGGAGGACUGGCGCAGUAAUGCCGAGGAGGCCGUUUCGAAUGUGCAGCUCUCACAACCUUUUCAAAUGACCUCGGCUUGUGGCGCACCAGAGUACACACACUACACCACACUGUUUUCGGGAUGUUUGGACUAUAUAUUCUACCAAAACGACCGUUUUGAACUAAUACAGUACGUUCCAUUGCCAACGGAGGAGCAAUUAAAGGCUAAUGCUGGCAUACCAUCAGCUGUGUUUCCAUCAGACCAUGUUGCUCUUGUAGCCGAUCUUAAAUUUAAGGCAAAUUGAGGCUUAAAAUUACUUAAAUUGUUUUAAUAACUCGGGGAUUUCACAACACAUAGAUCAUAACGAAUCCCAGAUUAUUUUUAACCUAUAAAGUUAAUCGUAUACAAAUAAAUGCAUUUAAUUUCAAACUUACUACAUUUGUUUUCAGUUAAUGUAUUCUAUUCUCUUCAUUUCGCUUAUCUAUAUACAUGGUUUUUUUUUUGUUUUUUUAAUCCUUGGAAUAUACAAAAUAAUUGUCUUAGAGUAAACGAAAGAAAAAUAAAGACAAACACACCGAAAUAAAUUGCGGAGUAAAGUGACAACAAAUUGAGUAAAUCUCUGAGUGGCUUAGCUCGCUUGCAAGCUGCUGUCUUUCCUGGCUUCUGCUCCUGUUUUCCGGCUGAUUGCAGGACGCAGAGCAAUUAACGUGAAAAUUCGCCAAGGAAAAUCCUUGCGACAAGGAGGUGGCAACAACAAAAAGCUUAAAAGAAAUCUGAGAGAGGAAAAAAUAUCCCAAGCCAACUGAAGUGAUUUUCGCACUAAUUAACUGCACUUAGUUGACACAUACCAAUCUAUUCACGCCGCCACUCCCCACACUCGUUUGCCAUAAUCAGAGCUAGUGCAGCAUUUUAAUUGGUUUCCACAGUGCUGCCAAUAUAAAGUCCCACAUGUGCAAUCGGAAUUUUCCACAGAAAUUAUUAGAAAGCAAAUGAAAUGUGUCUCGAUGUGCGCUACAUUGGCGGUUAAAAUAAUAGUUCUUGA